CACCUUCAGAUAAAGGCGCUCCCUAAAUGGCAGUCACCAGCCUGUCAGUGGCUUAGGCUCCGCCUGUUUUGCAUAAGUGGUGUGUAGAAGAUAAUAGUGGCAGUAGGGCAGGGUCCACGGGCAAUGGGAACAAUACGUAAACGUUUGUUUUCGUUUUUGUACGGUCGUUCGACUAGAAGUCUUUGGUCCUUAACGUCGAGUAUCGUCGAGAUUUCGAAAGAAGAUGGCCUCCCUUUCAACUGCUUCUCAAGGAGUUUUUUGAUCUGCAAGCCUACAUUCUGUGUUAACUUUGGGAACUAUGUGAGCUCGCCGAGGAAACGCAAGGCUGUGUUGAAAUGCCUGGAAACACCUCUAUGCUCGGAGACUAGAUCGCUACUUGUGUCCAAGUCUUCACUUGAGUCGUGACGAGCCUUUGGUUGACAACAGCAGUGCGCUCUGAUAUUUAACCACGCUUUAUUUCAGUUAAAACAUGUUUUCUUCAAGCGCGAAUAUUUUGCAAAUAUAAUGACAGCAUGUAGUAGUUUAAAGGAAGGUGGUCUACCAACGGCGAACAGUAUUUCUAUGUUAUUUCUUUAACAUAUCGGCGAAGAUGAAUCCGGAUCGGGAGGUGAUUUCUCUCUCAGUCCCAUCUCUUGAGGAAUCCACGGACGCAGAGAGCUGUGGAGGCGCCUUGUGUCACUGCAGGGAAAGUGGUUUAAACAGUAGCUCGGCGAUCCCCGCUGCCGGGACGUUUUGGCAGGAUCCCGCUGCCGGUAGCAGCGUGACCACCACAGGGGUUAUAAGUUGCUCCGGAGACAGCGGCAGCUUGUUGACCACGGGGAAAUGUAAGAACCGAAACGUGACCGUGGUUUACGUGAUGAACUCGGAGAUGAACCAGCCUCAGAGCGCCGAGAGCAUGGCUCUGCAGUGUCUGAAGGAUGCCUGCGAGAUUGUCGGAAGCAAACUAGAAAUAGUCCUUUUUGGUAAAUUGGACUUUGGCGAAACCUUGGUGCUUGACCAGUUUUACAAUGCAGACAUUGCAGUGGUGGAGAUGACCGACGCUUUCCGGCAGCCGUCACUGUUUUAUCACCUGGGAGUGAGAGAGAGCUUCAGCAUGGCCAACAACAUCAUUCUCUACUGUGACUCAAACUCAGACUCGCUGCAAUCUUUGCAGGAGAUUGUGUGCCAGAAAAACACUACGUGCGCUGCUAACUACAUGUUCAUCCCAUACAUGGUGACACCCCAGAACAAGGUGUACUGUUGUGAGAGCAGCCUGAUCAAGGGGCUGAGUGAGCUGAUGCAGCCCAGCUUUGAGGCUCUGCUGGGGCCCAUCUGCAUGCCCCUGCUGGACCGGCUGACCCAGCUCCUCUCCAGCACACAGACCAGUUCCUGCCAGUACUUCCGGGAGACCAUUCUCAAUGAGAUCCGGAAAGCACGGGAGCUCUACACUGGGGCGGAGCUAGCGGCAGAGUUGGGGCGGAUCCAGCAUCGAUUGGACAAUGUGGAGUGCCUGUCAGCGGACAUCGUAAUCAACCUGCUGCUGUCAUACAGAGAUAUACAGGAUUAUGAGUCUAUUGUGAAGCUGGUUGAAGCCCUAGAAAAACUACCAACAUUUGAGCCUGUGGCCAAUCCUCACAUCAAGUUCCACUAUGCCUUUGCCCUCAAUAGGAGGAACCAGUCAGGGGACAGGCAGCGUGCUCUGGACAUCAUGCUCCCGCUGUUUGAGGCCGAGGACCAGGUGGCGUCAGACAUCUACUGCCUGGUGGGACGCAUCUACAAGGACAUGUUCCUGGACUCCCACUUCACAGACACGCAGAGCCGGGACAGUAGCAUACAGUGGUUCAGGCGAGGUUUUGAGUCUGAGCCAACUCUCCAUUCUGGCAUCAACUACGCUGUGCUCCUGCUAGCUGCCGGGCACCAAUUUGACUCCUCCUUUGAGCUCCGUAAAGUGGGAGUGAAGCUCAGCAGUCUCUUAGGGAAGAAGGGUAGUCUGGAUAAGCUGCAGAGCUACUGGGAUGUGGGCUUCUUCCUGGGGGCCAGCAUCUUGGCCUGUGAUAACACCCGGGUUAUACAGGCCUCCGAGAAGCUUUUCAAACUUAAAGCUCCCGUCUGGUACCUUUGCUCGUUGGUUGAGACCUUCGUAAUCUAUCAGCACUUUAAGAAGCCUUCCUCUGAGCCACUGGGGCCCAGACAGGAACUGAUGGACUUCUGGAUGGACUUCCUGGUAGAGGCCACCAAAAAGGAUGUUUCAUCUGUCCGCUUUCCUGUCUUGAUACUUGAGCCCACGAAAGUCUAUCAGCCAUCAUACCUGUCAAUCAACAACGACAAGGAAGAGAAUACUCUCUCGAUUUGGCAUGUGGCUCCUGAUGACAAGAAUAAGGGCAUCCAUGAGUGGAAUUUCAGUGCUGCCUCUGUACGGGGUGUGAGCAUUUCCAAGUUUGAUGAACGAAGCUCCUUCCUCUAUGUAGUGAACAACUCAGAAGACUUCCAGAUCUACUUCUGCACUGAGAUGCAUUGCAAA